AGUCGACCCCGGCAGACAAGGAGGAACAGAAGGCGAAGGAGGAAGAAGCCCUGGUGGGUAGCCCGCCCACCCAGGACGAGUUUGUGAGUGACGCCUUCGGCGAGUCCCAGAUCAGCGAGGAGGACAUCAGGCGAGAGAUGGAGCAGCAGCUGAGGGCGGCCGCCGGCACCGGGGAGCCCGGCAAAGAACGAGAAGACUGGGAGAAGGAGCUGCAGCAGGAGCUGCAGGAUUACGAGCUGGUGGGAGGGGAGAACGAUGACGAGGAUGACGACGACGCCCUGGAAAAGGAGAUCCUUCAGCAAAUUGAGCAAGAAGCGAAUUCCCUCUCCUAGCCAUUGGGUCUCAUUUCUUGUUUGAAAAGUUACUAGAUUUGAUUUUUAAGAACCCAAUAUGGGCACAGAUUAUCUUUUCUUUUCUAACCUCAUUUCUGGGGAGAUCAUGUGCUCAUAGAAAUGACAAUGUGUUUAUUUUUUUAAAGAACCUAGUGGGCUGAGAUGUGUUUUUUUCCUGUUCAUUUCUGACCUCAUUCCUGGGGUGUCCAUUUGAUUAUGGAAAUGAUUUUAUUUUUUUUACCUUUUGGGCUGAGAUGCGUUUUUCUUUUCUUUUUUUUUUUGGGUCCUAUUCAUUUCAAAGCUCAUACGUGGGAGCUCAUGUGAUCAUAGAAAUGAUUUCUUUAAGAACCUAGUGGGAUGAGAUGGGGUAUUUUUGUUUUGUUUUGUCUUUGUUUUGUUUGUUUUUUCCUGUUCAUUUCUAACCUCAUACCUAGGGAGAUAAUGUGAUCAUGGAAAUUAUUUCAUUUUGUUAGCCCCUGUUCCGUUGGUCUCGUGUUUUUAUGUUGUUUUAGUAUAUUCACCCAGAAUGUCCCUCGUGGAUCUAUUACGUUUAUCAUAACAUGAUGACUGGAGUUUGACUUCUUUAAGGAAUGAACGAAAGAGAGAGAUAUUACAUCCCCUGAAAUUCUACAACAUUUAUUGUGAAAUUAUUUACUUCACAAUACGGUUCGUCGAGGAAGAAGAUGGAGAGGGGGAGGGUCCUGUAACUGUCUGUUCUUAUACAUGUUUGUGGGCUCUUUUUCAAGGUGGAAUUUCCAAGCGUUUUAUCCCCAGCUAAUUUUGAAGAGAACUCUAAUAAUUUUGCAAGGUCCUUGUUGAUGUUGUUGACGACUAUAUUUUGUUAUCACUUAUACUGCCUGUGGGUUGCGGAGUGAAGAAAAACACAACAAAUUACGGUCUCCAAAAGUUUUUCCAACUGCUGAGUCAAUUGUUCAAAAUUUCGUUCACUCUCUGAUUCUUCUUAAUAGCCUUUCCAGCAGUUGGACGUUGUUUCUCGGACCUACAUUCUGCCUCUUGCCAUUCCUCUUGCCUGGGUUGUUUUGUGCUUUGGUUCUACAUGUAUGUCAUGUUCCCUUCUUUUAUUAGGUCUCCCCUUUCAUCUUUUCCUUCGUCGGCUGUGUGACAUCCUUCGUCGGCUGUGUGACAUCCUUCGUCGUAUUAGAUAUGUUUUUAGAACUCCCGUCUGUACUUCCGUUUCAUUCGAGAGGUGUAAACAAAUCGUCGCCUCAGAACUAUUUUUAUCCAAAGUGCCUCUUUACUUAAGUACACUUUGGACAAAAUAGUUCUUAGGCGACGUGGGAGUGUGUGUUACUUUUACUUUAUGAACGGGGGCAACUGGCUUCUGCCAAAGUGGUUGUUUGUGGAUUUGUAAUGGGUUUGUUUCAUUUUCUUGCCCGAGAUGAAUUAGAUCGA